GUCUGCGUGUAGCAUAGCCCACACAGAGAGYGAGGAAAAACGAAAAAAUAGGAGUGGUUUUGAGGUAUUCUUCAGUGGUUUUUCUGCGACUUUUUUCCCCUUUGCUGUGGCGCACUGCACUAAGAAUUGCCUACAUCUAUAGGUUUCAAUGGCAGCGCGGCUGUGGAUGGUAUGUAAAAUAAGUAUUUUUGCCCACCAGCGUUGUGCGCAUGUUUCAGAAAGUAAACUUUCAGAAAGUUUACUUUCUGGAAGUAAACUAUAGCGUACAAGGGGCCUACACCAUCUGUUAUGGCUUAAUAGACAAUUGCCCGCUGAAAAGGAUGAAAUGCUAACCUUACCAUGCGUGGAGCUGAAGGAAGAAGAACCGCGUGAAUCUGCCUCUGAAGACGUUGAACCGAUACGGUGGCGUCUCCAUGGAUUCUGUGUCACAGUUUAAAGAAAGGCAUAAGUGUUGCCAAUCCUUAGAUUUAAUUUACAGUGUGGUGGUGAAUGUGUAAGUUCCACUUGCUCCGCCAUCUUUGACAGAUGUACGCCUACCGCACAGCUUUUUCUUCUUCCAGUCAACCGGAAGUGUUGUUUGUAGUAAAAGUAAAAGUUUCAAGAGGCAUGAAUACAUUUGGAAAGUACUGAACAACAGUAUCAGGGGGAUGUAUUGUUGCUUCGUCGUCAUACAGAGAUGCUUCCGCUGCAGGACGUGAGACACAGAUUGAACCAAAUCUCUGCCAACAGAAUCUGAAACACUGCCCUGUAAGCCAACAUCUGCCGUUAAGUGAUCGUAAACAAGGAAUUAAAUGAACAUCCUGAAUUGCUGGUGAGCUUUCUCCCAGACUAAAAAAUCUGGGAGCAGAGGGAAAGAGGACCUGGAUUCACAAUCAGCCGCUGCAGUUUGGAAAGCAUGCAGAGUUGCCCGUAGCAGAGACUGUGUGACAUUUUAAAGAUGCAGGGACAUCCUGAGCAGCAGCCAUUUGCAGGUCUACAGCACGAGUCUAGAAUUCUUUUUCUGCAGAAAGAGGAAUAUUAGAACAGGAAUAGGAAGUAUGAAGAGGACAGAAGAGAAAAAAAAACAACAAAUCCUCAUCUCAAAGCGUCACAACUGCUCUCACUGUGAACCACAAAGUGGAAACUUUACCUCAGUGGAAAUUGCUGGUGGAAAGAAAGAUGAGUGACUCACUGGAAAGGACGACAGACUGUCCAGUGUCGCCACUCGCAAGCGGGUCCAGUCUGACUGACGAGAAAGAGAAACCAGGAGGUGCAAGCGAGCUAUGCUGGCAAGAUGGAGGCCUACCUGUGGAGCUGCAGAGAGGGAUGGAAACCCUGAGGGUGAACAGAGAGCUGACCGAUGUGACCCUCUGUGUUCAAGGGCAGGACUUCCUCUGCCACAGGACCAUUCUGGCUGCUGCCAGUCAGUACUUCAGGGCCAUGUUUUGCAGUGGCCUCAAGGAGAGUCAUGAGGAGCGUGUGGAGAUAAAAGGCUUAGACAGCGGGACCAUGCGCUCUCUCUUGGAGUACACCUACACCAGCCGAGCCCUCCUCACGCACUCAAAUGUCCAGAGGAUACUUGAGGCAGCCAGCCAGUUUCAGUUCCUCCGUGUGGUAGAUGCAUGUGCAAGCUUUCUGAGCAACUCUAUUCAUCUGGAGACCUGCGUAGGGAUCCUAAAUCUGGCUGACAGCCACGCUCUGCCCACCCUGAGGACCAGGGCUCAGGACUUCAUCACCUCUCAGUUUUCUCAGGUGGUGCAGCAACAGGAUUUCUUAGAGCUGCCUGCAGACUCUCUGGAGGCCAUCCUGCAGAGGGAUGACCUCAGUGUGAAGUGUGAGGAGUGUGUCUUUGAAGCUCUGAUGCGCUGGGUGAGAGCCCAGCAAGAUGAACGCUAUCCAUUACUGGCCAGCUUGCUUUCACAUGUGCGGUUGCCAUUGUUGGAGCCGGCGUACUUUGUGGAAAAAGUGGAGUCAGAUGAGCUGAUUCGUCGCUGCGCUGAGGCUUUCUAUUUGCUGCAAGAGGCUCGCAUGUAUCAUCUUUCUGGUAGAGAGGUGGUCACAGAGCGAACCAAACCACGAGUGCAACACUUUCUGUCAGAAGUUUUUCUGAUCAUUGGAGGAUGCACUAAGGAUGAACGCUUUAUUCCCACUGUCACCUGCUUGGAUCCUCUAAGACGCAGCCGACUGGAGGUGGCCCGGUUGCCAAUGACAGAAAUGGAAGAUGAGACCCAAAUCAGGAAGUGGGUGGAGUUUUCUUGCAUCACUUUCCACAAUGAAGUUUACAUAUCAGGUGGUAAAGAGACCCAACACGAUGUUUGGAAAUAUAACGGUGCCCUGGACAAGUGGAUCCAAAUUGAGUCAAUGUCGAACGGACGUUGGAGACACAAGAUGGCAGUUCAUGGCGGAAAAGUGUACGUUCUGGGUGGAUUUGAUGGGAUUCAGAGGCUUGCUAGUGUGGAAGCCUAUGAUCCUUUUCACAAUCGCUGGACACAGGUGACACCUCUUGCAGUGGGUGUCAGCUCCUUUGCUGCAGCAAGCUUUGACAGGUGGAUUUAUGUGAUUGGUGGUGGUCCUAAUGGAAAACUAGCCACAGAUAAAGUUCAGUGCUGGGAACCAGGAACAGACAGCUGGGAACUGCGGGCACCCAUCCCCAUAGAAACCAAAUGCACCAAUGCUGUUACAUUCAAGAAAUGCAUCUACGUUGUUGGUGGUGCCAUGCACGCCAUGUACUGCUACUCCCCUCUGUCCGACUCCUGGUCCCUGGUGGCUCGUCUGGGGGAGAGGGCAAGUUGUGCCAUCGCAGCCUGCAACAACAAACUUUUUAUCACAGGGGGGAGGGAUAACAAGAACCAAGUGAUUUCCACUGUGAUGUGCUGGGAUGUGGAUCGAGGGGUGUUGACAGAGGAGUGCGUCCUACCGCUGGGCGUAUCCCACCAUGGCAGUGUGACGCUCAUGAAGUCUUACACGCACAUUCACAGAGUCACACCUUCGUCAGAGUGCCAAUGACACAAGCUUUCAUGAACCAGACUUUAGUUUUGCCACAGCAAGUAACAUAUCAAAACGAUGCAGGGAAAGUGUUAUCUUUUUCAUUCACUUGCCACUUUACCAUGAGAUAUCACUGUGUUUGUACUAAUGUAAGCAGCGAAAGUUUAAAAAAUAAAUAUAUAUUCUCUUGAGCUCUACUCUGGUUAAAAAUA